AUGCCCGCUCGCACGGCCCUACUGAUCGCCAUAGGGGACGUUGUAGAGACUGGACCGCCCACCACCCGCCGAGCCUCAUCGGCCUCCGCCUCCUCGUCCACCGCCAAGCUCAAGAACGGCUUUCGGGCGGGCCACUCGGCCGGCGGAAGCCAACACACGCCCAAUCGAUUGCGGUGCCAUUCAGAGACGGCUUCCGAGAUUCAAAACUCGGAUGAUAAUCUGUCCACGGUGAGCUCCUUGUCGGAUCCGGACGAUGAUGAAGUUGAGAGUGGUGUCCAAGACGGAUUAUCUCGAGCUUUGAAGAUGAAGACCCGCGGAAUCGGGCCCAAGAGUCGGACCCGUCUCUUGAGUGUUGAGAGUGAGAGUACGAGUAAUAAUGGACUAGGGUUGCAUCCCGGGGAUGAGAUGGACCAGGGUGGACCCCUGAGUCCGCGGACGCGUUCCACGACCAAGCAAGAGAAGAAGCUCAGGGUCAACGCCCCCGAGUUUGACGAGGAAGUGUCCUUCAGUGAGGCUCCCUCCGGUUUGUCAGAAGAAGAUUUCGGUGACUCGAACCCGCCGGGCGAGACCAAUGGCCACACCCUGGAUGAUCCCGAGGAAAGUGAUGGCAACAAUGCUUCACAGGAGACUCGUCUGAUCCCGCAUAACAGCUCCGAAGGGGCGAAGAAGCGUCGCAAGUCGAGCGCCGAGAACUCCGAAGGGGCGAAGAAGCGUCGCAAGUCGAGCGCCGAGAAGUUCCUGGAAGACAACUCCGAAUAUUAUGGCAUACAGGUGCUGCCCAACAAAUUACGCUCUAAGAUCACAUUUCACAAAAGCUUCCUAGAGUUCCUUAAGAGCGGGUCAAGACAGUCGGGGAACAAUGGCCAAGGCCAGCAUGCCCGACACAACUUUUUGUGCCGCCAACAGCGACCCACGACCAGUAGCUUGGAUCGUGUGGUGUGUGGGAGUGAGCUUGGCGUUGAAACUAACGACCAUUUGGGAUCCGCCUCCUCAUCCUCCACCUCCUUCUCCUCGCUCCCUUCGGCCGGAGAGAAAGGACACGCCCUUCAGGGCUCCUGGGAAUUGGCCAAUCGUGGGGUUGAGGAUAAGAAGACGAAGCAACGCCACAAAUCCGCUUCCCAAGAGACUUCCCCAAGGGUCGAGCUCCACAAUGGCAAGCAUCGUCGAAGACGUUUGGUGAGCUCGCCAGGUUCCAACGGAGUCGAUCCCACUCACUCUGAUAGCUUGAAAAGCACCUCAAUCAUAGGUACUUCGACCACUUCAUCCGUCUCUUCGCCCACAACCACCACUACCACCAUCAGUACGACAACCACUCACAUAUCCAAACGACUCCUGCGUGUGGACGUAGAAAGGCUGCAAGUAGACAAUGCUAAUCACUCCAAAGAGAGUGACGGUGAAAGUGAUGGAGAGCCUGUGGACGCUGUUGGUCAAAACGAGGAAGAGCAACAACAACAACAACAACCGGGUGAAGUUUCACAGGAGGACAGAAGACCCCGAUACCGCAAAUCCAAGCGCCAAGCAGCCGCUCUGGCCGCUCAACAGAUGUCGGAGCGAGAUCGAAACCAGGAUUCUCCUAGUCCCAAACGACGUCGUACCGAGUUGGACAAGCUUUUGGAGGCCGGAUCUUCGUCGUUUCAUUUCGAGACGGCCAGACAGGCCUCAUGCCGAGAGAAUGGCUUGGGACCGAUUCAUGUGGAUGUGACGGACCACCAUUCCAACUCGAGUACUGAUGAGUCUCAAAAUAAGCCGGCCAAGGCCUCCACCACCCUUAAGAUCAGUGUGAAGAAAACGAAGACCAGGGUUGUGGAGGUUCACGCUGAGACUGAUGAGGAUAAUGAGGACAAUGAGGACGAUGUUGAGGUCGAGGAAGAGCCCGUGAAAGAGGAAGAGGAGAAUGAAGAGGAGAAAGAAGAGGAGAAAGAGGAAGAACUGGAGGAACAAACCAGUCGCCUCCAGUCCAAAGGAGGCAAGAAAAAGCGAGGCCAUCGACGACUCCUUCUCACCAAAGAGGAUCUCUUGGACGGACCUCUGCAUAUCGCGCCCAAAGAAGACAGGAAGAAGAAAUCCGGCCCUCUUCGGCGCUUCUCACGCGAACCCAAUGUAAACGACUAUCUACCUCGAGACCUGUUUGAGAGUCUGGACGAGCGCCUAGGUCGAAUCACAUCCGAAUCCGUCGAUGUCAAUGGCAUGUCCUUCUCGUUUGAACACACCCCGUUCAAUGAGGGCUGGUUUCAGACCUACUCCAGACAGGAUCAGGGCGAUGAGAUCCUGUUCUAUCCGGAGACCCAUUGGUUUCCACUUCCGUACGAGAUGCCCAUCUCCACGUUUUAUACCAAAAAGGAAGGAGGAACAUCAGGGGGGGGUCCUCUGAGUGGGAAGGCCAAGCGGAAGAUCCUGGAAGAAUCGGCCUCUGGCUCGAUUACUCCCGACGAGUCUCCAAGGAAGACUACUCGGAAAGGCAGUAUUGUGACAGCUGAACCGCCCCCAAAGUCACUCCGAAGGUCUGCCAUGGAGAGUCGGAAGAAAGAGGCCAGGUCCUCGGUGUCUUCCAGUGAAGGCAAGAAGUCGGGUAUCCUCGCUCGAUUGGGGCCGAAAGGAGCCAUACCAGAUGGCUUGGGUGGCAACCUGAAUGACGCCCAUCGGAAGAGUCCUCGAUGCCAUGCCUCCACCAAAGCUCUUUUGACGUGUGCCUCCGUGCCUGAGGGAGAGGAGGAACCCGUCGAUGUGGGGAACCCUGUCCCACCAUCGGAAGAUGAGAACCCUCUGAUUGACGAAUGUUCCAACGACUCGACCUUCAGCCAUGUGUCGUCUGCCACCAAUCAAAACCGCAAGUUCAAAUCCGAAUCCUCUCAGGAGUACAAGGACCUGUCCCUCAACAUAGAGCUCUUCUUGAAGCAAGACGACGCUAGUCUAGCAGGUCAGGAGAGUGAUGGAGACCGUCCCUCCAGUCUGACCUUCAAGAAGAAGAAACGCCGGAGUAGUGGCAAGCACACCAACUCGGCUAGCGCUCAACAUUCUGGCGAAGAUCCCAUGGAUCGGAUUGUGGCCGCCAAUGUCGAUCCGCUUCUCCUGGACUGCUUGGAGGACGAGCUCCCUAGUGUGACCAUUGACGAGGAGAUUCCCGGUUCCGAACCCCUGGAGCUACUUGAUAACUAUGAAACAUGUGAUUCAAUGGCGCAGGUCUGCAAUAGUCGCUGGAUGAGGGCCAUGUCGAUCAUACCCGAUCCCUCACCCAGGAAAGUGUUCAAGACAAAACGCAUCAAUUCUCCCCCACCCGUGACCGUGCAUCGACCCGAGUUGGAUGAUUCGAGCUCUGAAUACGCCACUUCUGUUAACGAAGAGACCGGCAGCGUUCACUCCCUGGAAUCGACCACUUCCAGUGGACGCCGGAAAGUGAAACGCAAACGCAACUUGACCGGAUUCCCAAAUCCAAAGAAACGGCGAAAGACCCCUUCACUCCUCAAUAACGUCCUCACGAAACGAACCAUUGCAGCGAGUACUUCCACCAAGAAUGAGCCACCGUCAGGCAAGGCUGCCAAGCAGUCAGCUCCUGUGCCCAAAGGGAAAGCUCCCAUGGGGACUGCCAAGGGACUGGCCCAGAUCUCGGACGACGAGUCUGAUGUAGAUGCGGACGAGAGCGGUAGUGACGAGGAGGAAGACGAGGACGAUAAGACCCAAGAGGUCGAAGGCCGGUCUUUGCGGAACGUCACGCGAGCUGAGCCCAAAUGUUAUCGAGAUCCGGAUUCUGAUUUGGAUCUUGGCGACGAUCUCAAGGUUCCUGUGCGCAGGAAGUUAAAAGUACCUAAAACGCCAUCACCGAAGAAGGUCGGGAAAGUGACAAAGAAGCUCAAGACACCCCUGAAGGUGCCUAAAAAAUCUUCUCGACACACGAGGUCCAAACGGAAGUGAACGGACGUUGUGAUGACGGGGAGAAUCACUUCCGUCGCCCUCUUCUAGUGAAUUGAUUGUUGUUUUUGCUAUUCUUGUUUUACUGUUCCCCGUAAUCUAUUACAUACAUACGCACUUUCAAAUUGAUGGUAACCAUUUCCUCUUCCCACAUAUAUCGAAUCUAGGAAAUACAUGAUCCCAAAUCCCAUGUGUCAAAAUACACCGUUCAAACUCA